UUAUUAAUAGAUACUUUACGCGAAACUUUGACUACUGGUCCAAACGAGGCAUACGGGGCCCGAAGCCUAUGAUUGGUUUCGGAAAUAUUUUGCAUAAAUUCCUUAAACCAAUCACUAGUUUGGAGGUCCAAUGGAUUCACGAAUUCGGCACAAUAUACGGUACUUUUGAAGGCAAUCGACCCAUACUAACGGACCCGGAGCUCAUCAAAAGCAUUUUGGUCACAGAUUUCAUGUGUUUAAUGAUAAGGAGGGAAACCCUUUAUUCAACUCGAAAGCCCACCCAAUACUGGGCCAAAAACUCGAGGUAUUGCCGGCGACGAGUGGCGUCGGGUGCGGACAGUACUGUCGCCCACUUUCUCGGCCUCACGGAUGCGUAAAAUGUUUGUCCAAAUGAGGGAAUGCGUGGACAGUAUGGUAACAGAGUUGGACACCCGGAUCACCACCACAUCCCAGUCAUACACUGAGGUCGACAUCAUUGAUGUCUUCGACAGAUUGUCCGCAGAUAUCGUCACAACGUGUUUGUAUAGCU